AUGUUGGACAAACAGGGCGACCUAGGCCACACCGACCUCCAAGACGACGAUCUAGAAUUCCACCCCUCGAACUUCGAAUCGGGUUCAGGCUCGAACCGCAAGAUCCAGCCGGACACGACUCCCUUCCUCUCGAGCUCGACCAACCCAGCAAGCCUACCUAAUGACCCCUCAUCCACUUCGCAGAAACACAUGUUAUGGAGUCUGUCCUUCUACGCGCAAUUCUUCGACGUCGACACCUCGACGGUCCUGCACCGGUGCCGCUCCGCCAUCUUGCCUUUUCUCCCCAACACGCCCCCCUUUCUCGACAUCAUGGACGGGAACCCGGACCUCUACGGGCCCUUUUGGAUCGCGACCACCGUCGUGGUGAUUCUGUUCCUCACGGGCACAAUAUCCCACAAGCUGGCGACCGAGGGGAAGAAACAUUUCGAGUAUGACUUCAAAUUGCUCAGCGGCGCCGCGGGGCUGGUGUAUGGAUACACUCUCUUCAUCCCCCUGGGUCUGUGGGGAGCGCUGCGCUGGUUCGGCGCACAGUCUCUCGAGCUGGUGGAAUGCUGGGCGCUGUAUGGGUACAGCAACCUGUUCUGGAUCGCCGUGGCUUUGGUCUCGUGGUCCCCGCUCAAUGGACUCAACUACGCCCUUGUGGGGUUGGGGUAUGCGGUCAGUGUCUUCUUCUUGGUGAAGAACCUGUACCCCGUGAUCAGCGCGACCGAGAAGAAGAUCAGCCAGGUUUUGCUGUUGGCGGUGGUCUUGCUCCAUGCGGGACUGGCGAUUGCCAUCAAGAUUUUGUUCUUCAGCCACAAGAGUCCGGCAAAGGAUGAAUGA